AUGGUACCCAAUUGGACGCGACUGAUCCGGUUCAUCGCCGAAGAAGAUGGCCAGGCCCAUCUGGGCGAGGUAGACGCCAAUCAGGACGUUGGCCUCGCAUUGCUGAACAAGGAGAAAGUGACGGCAAAAUUGGUCACUGGGUCUAUAUUUGAUGGCACAGUGACGGACAAGCAGCUGCAGGUUGCCCAGCUCCUUGCCCCCAUCGAGAUGGAACAUGUCCCCAUAAUCCGAUGCAUGGGUCUCAACUACCGCGACCACGCCCGGGAAGCCAACAUGCCCAUCCCAGACGUGCCCGUUCUUUUCAUCAAGCCCCGGACUGCACUGAAUGGCCCCUACCCGGCCAAGAUCAAUGUGCCCAAGAUCGCGCAGGACGGAACCAGUGACUACGAAGCGGAAUUGUCAUUUAUCAUUGGCAAGUCCGGUCGUGACAUUCCUGAGUCCGAGGCCAUGAACCAUGUUCUGGGCUUUACUGCGAGUAACGAUGUUAGUGCUCGUGCGCAGCAGUUUAAGAACAGCCAAUGGAGUUUUUCGAAGGGAUUUGAUGGUUCCUGCCCAUUGGGUCCGGUACUGGUGAGCCCAUCGGCUAUUGAUCCGCAUAACCUUGAUAUCAAGGCGAUUCACAACGGCUCUGUUGUGCAAGACUCGAACACUCGUGAAAUGAUCUUCGAUAUCCCCAAAACCGUCUCGUUCUUGUCCCAAGGAACGACCCUGGAAAGAGGAACGGUGAUAAUGACCGGUACCGGUCCUGGAAUUGGCGCUAUGCGUGAUCCGAAGGUUGUAUUGAACGACGGUGAUGACAUGCGCGUUGCGAUUGAGAACAUUGGGACUUUGGUGAACAAGAUAGUAAACCACUCGGACAGACUUCGGACAAAUACCAAAAACGGACCAUUAAAGCCAGGUCCGAAGAUAGGUUCUCUACGCCAACGGAAACGUCUCUCGGAUGAAAAUGAUAGAGAUGACGACGACGAAGAGAGACAUCCCACUAGACCCAGGCUAGGAUCCGAGAACGAGACUACAGAUCUUAUAUCGGAUUCCCCUAGCUCCAGUUCUGCUGUUGAGCGGGAGGUGUCUUUGUUGGCUGAGAGUCACCAUGCUCCGGCGACGGUGGAGGGAAAAGUACCCGACCUCGCUUUUAUCUUGCAUCCAUCGCAUGAAAGUCCGGGCUCGAGAGAAGAGCAUACCACUGAGAAGCAGCCAUCUGGGGCCACUCAGCAAAAGGCUUCCUUGGACAAAGCGCGUUCUGUUCUAGAAUCAUCAUGGCCAGAGGUAGAGAAGUCGAUUGAAAUAUAUUUCGACAACAUGGUGGCUCUGAACCUAUUUCACAAGCCUAGCUUCUAUGAUAAGUUGGGUCGUGUCAUAUCUCCAACAGAGGUUACUGCCUUGCUGGGGGCCAUGAUAGCCUUCUCCGUGCGGUUUCAGUUGGCCGAGGAUGGAGUAGAAACAAACACGCAUAGACGAGCAGCACACUUCCUGAACCUUGCAUCAGAGUAUAGCAAUGAUGCAUUGAAAGAGUGUGGUGACCAUACACCAUCAUUAUCUUUGCUCCAAGCGUUUAUCCUUGUCGCUCACGGUCAACUAACGCAGGGUGUUCUGGGAAGAGCAUGGCGGACGUUAGGGACAUGUGUCCGACUAGCAUACGAAAUGAACCUGCAUCUUGUUGAUGCUCGUGGCACGGAACAUGUCCUAAAUAGCAGGCAAUGGUCUGAAGACGAAGAGAAGCGCCGUGCUUGGUGGGCUAUCUGGGAAAUGGACGUCUUCGCCACAACUAUCCGACGAACACCUACCGCCGUGGACUGGUCGCAACUGGAGACUCUGCUCCCAGUUGAUGACGAGCAUUGGUUUGACUGUAAGCCCACACAGAGUUGCUUUUUUCAAAAAGACCCGAUUCUUCGGUGGAAGGCACUUGCAGAUAGCGGAAGUCAAUCGCCCAAAGCAUGGUUUAUCGUUAUAAACUCCCUUAUGAAAGAGGCCCAGCGAAUAUCCAGCCCCAGGGGCAUUCCAAAUGGAAAUGGACCAUCUUCUGACCGAAUGGACGAGGCUCGUCAGCGACUCGAGGUCAUUGCUAACGCUGUAUAUUGUUUUCAACUAGCCCUUCCAAGUCACCUUAAAUAUCGGCAGCAACAUCUGGGAUUUGACGCUCGCAUCCACGGCGAGGUCUCGUCCUUGCGGCAAAUACACUGUUCCAUUUACAAUAUUUACAUGAUGACGCAGCUCGCACGACUCAUGAUCUACCGCUACGACGUAUUCAAAGGGCGAUUUCAUGUAGCACUUCCUACCCAUGAGCUCGAUGUUAAUCGUGAAAACUCCGACAUGAAUGCGAAAGGGAAGACAGAGCGCCUAGCCGUUAAUGAAUAUUUCGAAGCCGCCGAUGAUAUGCUUACCAUCAUCCACCGCAGCUGCGACCAUCAUAUCCGAUACAUCAACCCCUUCCUCUCAAACACUAUCUGGCUGGCAUCAGCUGUGCAUUUGAUGCGCAGCCAACUCUGCCGACCGGGGGCAAUUAAAUCUGCUGUAAAGUCCAGGUAUGAGGUUCUGCAUCUGACAUAUAAGAGAUGCGUGCGAUUCUGGGAUAUGCAUACCACUGUUCAACAGAAUUUGGAAACCCUCGAGGAGCAAUUGGAAGCGUGGCAGCAGUCCAGGAAGAAGCGCAGAACAGAACGGAGUCAUGCUUCAUCUCCACCGGCUCGUCGGGAGCACUCGUUCCAAAGUCCAAACCUUGACGACAUCCUAUCCGUACCAAAUACGAAUUCAAACGGCAUGACCACAACAGUCAUCCCAACACCACCAUCAAGCAACAGCUUCAACCCAACUAACUGGCACGCUGGAAUUCCAGCUGAAGACAUGCGGAACGCAUCGAUGGUUGAUAUGCUGUCUGAACCAUCAACAGACGCUCAUUUUAUUACAGACCAGAUGAUCCCGUCCGCCACACUAAUUGAUCCUAUGUUCCUCUUCGGGAGUACGCAGUCACAAGGGCCGUGGAUUGAAAAUAGCAGGGCGAUGGAUGGAGGGCUUGAUAUUGAUUGGAGGUAUUUGCAGGUACCGAAUGAAUUGUCGGAUGCUCUCUUCUAG